GGUUUUCUAUACGAAGAGCAAAUAAAAAUAUCACUUUUAUUUGAUUUGAUUUUCAGAAGGAUAGAUUCAGUUUUUGAGCAGGAGGCAAUAAAUUGGUGUGGAAUAGAAUUAGAUACAUAAGUUACUACCCCUCCAUGAGGAUUAUGAGUAACGGCCGAUAGUCUAUCCUGCCUGUAGACAGAGUAACCUGAAAUAUCAAUUUCAGAGUCUGUUACACUACUAAUUAACCACGAUUCCUGGAUACAAAUCACAUCAAUCGGGGUAAAACUGUCACUAGAUAUUUUCACUAAACUUUUCAGAGUAUCUAGAUUAGGGUAGAGGCUCUCGAUGUUGUGACAACAAACGGACAAGUUCCGUUUUGAAGACCUAUUACUGUUUAGAAUGUUUAUAAUUGUCUCUGUAGUUAUUGUAGAGUUACCGCUGUAUCAAUUUUGCGAUGUUAUCAAAUGUUCAAGAUGUUGUCUCAAUUUAUUGAAUAGUUUACCGGAUAUUUCCCGUUUAUGUUUAUAUUCAUUACCAUUUCAUUAUGAUAAAAUGUCAUAUGUAUCAAAUAAUUUUUUAAAUGAUCAACAACAAAAUCUUAAGAGUAAUUCGUCAACAAAUUGGGCAAAUGUCCAACGUAUACAUUUAUAUGAUGACUAUAAACCAUUUCCAUUAGAGUUUUUCAAUAUGAUUAAUCAAACAUUUUUAAAUUUAACUGAAUUACACAUAGCU